CGAGUGCUACAGCUGCUCUGGAAGCACGGCAAGACGCGUCACCGGCUCUCCUUUUCUUUUUCGCCUUUUCUCUACAAUAUUCAUUUCGUGCUUCAUAGUCGUGCACUACUCUCGACUCCCUCGCCGAGCGCUAUUCAUACGUCACCUAUUAGACACAUCCAAAACCCUCAAGGACCGGAUCGAGCGACGUGAUCGCCACCCAGAAAUAGGCAAAUGGAGUCGGUGUGUUAAGAUCGUUCUGAAGGGACCGGAGGUAGAGAAAAGAAGUGGAAUUUCAGGAUGGUCCCCUCUAGUCACUAUUAUAUAGUCGCUCUCGUCCUCGGCUUUCUCGUUAUUUAUCUUACCGAUCCAGCCGAGGCCCAGUAUGGCAGAGACAGAGACCGCAGACUUCCAGUCAGAGGUUCACAUCCCAAACGCGCACAUCCUUGCGAGCAGAGCUCGUGUUACCCAGCAACAGGAAAUUUACUGAUUGGACGAAAAGACAGACUUUCGGCAUCCUCUACCUGUGGUCUUCGUGGACCAGAAAGAUAUUGUAUCGUAUCUCAUUUGAAAGAACGCAAGAAAUGUUUCUUCUGUGACGCAUCGCACCCAACCCAGCAGCACAAUGUGGAAAAUAUUAUCACAAAAUAUAUGCCUGGGACACGUCACGAGUCCUGGUGGCAGGCUGAGAACGGAGUAGAAAAUGUGUCACUGCAAUUGGAUCUGGAAGCCGAGUUCCACUUCACCCACAUCAUUAUUCGCUUCCAGACGUUCCGACCAGCUGCUAUGCUGAUUGAACGUUCUCAUGACUUUGGGAAAACCUGGCAGGUCUACCGGUACUUUGCGCACAACUGUGAACAAUCAUUUCCUGGGGUGAAGACGACAGAACCACAGACAUUGACUGACGUCAUCUGCGACAGGCGUUACUCGAACGUGGAACCCUCGACAAACGGUGAAAUCAUCUUCAGGGUUCUUCCGCCCCAAUUGCAAAUAGCUAAUCCUUAUUCAAAGGAGGUACAGAAUCUGCUGAAGAUGACGAAUCUCAGGAUCAACUUUACCAGGCUACAUACACUUGGUGAUGAUUUACUGGACGAUCGGGCUGAAAUCCGUGAGAAAUAUUAUUACGCUAUUAAGGACAUGAUUGUUCGCGGCUCCUGUUCCUGUUACGGCCACGCAUCCCGUUGUCUUCCACUUCCGGGCGUUCUCCAUGAGGAAGACAUGGUUCAUGGCAGAUGCGAGUGCACCCACAAUACCAAAGGUCUGAACUGUGAAAAUUGCGAGGACUUCUACAAUGACGUACCCUGGAAGCCUGCUGUAGGGAAACAGACAAAUGCCUGCAGAAUAUGCAAUUGUAAUAAUCAUACAAAUUCUUGUCACUUCGACGACGCCGUCUAUGAGAGAUCAGGUAAAGUCUCAGGAGGAGUUUGCGAUGACUGUCAGCACAAUACAAGAGGACAGAAUUGUGAACAAUGUAAACCGUUCUUCUAUCAUGAUGUUACUAGAGACAUAUCGGAUCAUGAUGCAUGUCAACCUUGCGAUUGUGAUCCAAGCGGUUCCCUGGAUGACGGAAUUUGUGACUCCAGAACUGACCCCCUUAGUGGCGACGAAUCCGGUCGUUGUCAUUGUAAGACCAAUGUUGAAGGUCGCAGAUGUGAUCGGUGCAAGAACGGAUACUGGAACUUUGAUAUUGAAAAUCCUGAUGGUUGUCAAGCCUGUACCUGUAACACUUUGGGUACCAUUGGCAAUCAGGGUUGUAACAUGGUUACUGGCGAAUGUACGUGCAAACGCUAUGUAACGACACGCGACUGUAAUCAGUGUCUUCCUGAGUACUGGGGUCUGUCUGAUGAUCAGGAUGGUUGUAAACCUUGCGAUUGUGAUCCUGGUGGUUCUUAUGAAAACUCUUGUGACGUGGUUACCGGACAAUGUCGUUGUCGACCUCAUGUCAGUGGCAGAACUUGUAACCAACCGGAACAAAGUUACUACACUGGUUCCCUGGACUUCCUCAUCUACGAGGGUGAACUGGCUCGUGCCUCAGAUAAUUGCCAAGUGGUCAUCAGAGAACCAUAUCGUGAUGGGCGGAACAACACCUGGACUGGAACAGGGUUCAUGCGAGCUCUAGAAGGUUCAACCCUUAACUUCACUGUUGGGGACAUCAGGAAGUCAAUGUACUACGAUAUUGUAGUUAGAUAUGAACCCGUGCAACCAGGAAUUUGGGACGAGGUUCAGAUUAUAAUCGAAAGAGAUGGUCCUGUGGAUCCCGAUGGUCCCUGUGCAAACUGGGUACCAGAAGAUGACAGACUCUGGGUUCAGCUGCCACAGGAUUCUCGAAGCGCCGCAGCUGUACCCUCUGUUUGUUUAGAGGCCAGAAAAAUAUACAAAGUUAUAUUACAAUUCCGAAAAUUCAAUAAUUACGUCAGCACGCCUACAGCUUCUAUUCUUGUGGAUUCGAUUGUCCUGAGACCAAGAAUCGAAACUAUACCCUUCUUUAGCGGUUCUCCACUAGGUGAAUUACGCCGUCAGGAAUACGAGCGAUACCGUUGUAACGAAUUCUUCAACAAUGUUGGUGAUUAUAGAGCUGAUAUCAUGGAGAUCUGUGGCAAAUACCAUAACAGUAUUGGAUACUACGCCUAUGACGGGGCUCACUCCUGUGAAUGUAAUCCAACCGGGUCUAAAAGUUUACUGUGCGAACAAUACGGCGGUUUCUGUCCGUGUAAGCCAAACGUCGUAGGUCGCCGUUGUGAUCGUUGCGCCCCAGGUACUUAUGGUUUCGGUUCAGAAGGCUGUAUUCCCUGUGACUGUGAUGGCGUCGGAGCGUUGGACAAUUUCUGCGACGUAGAAACUGGUCGCUGUAAAUGCAGACCAAACACUUACAGCCGAACUUGCGGCGAGUGCGAGCCUGGCUUCUGGAACUUCCCCCAUUGUCAGCGCUGCGAAUGUAAUGGUCAUGCUGAUAUCUGUAAUUCGCGCACAGGCGCCUGUAUAAAUUGUCGUGACUUUACAACUGGUCACAACUGCGACCGUUGUAACGAGACCUUCUAUGGCGAUCCACGUAUUGGAGUCGAUAUACCCUGCAGAGCAUGUCCUUGUCCAGGAACAAUAAACUCUGGCCAUUCCUAUGCUGACAGUUGCUCGUUGGAUCCAGAAACUCAUGACGUAAUUUGCGAAUGUUACGAAGGAUACGCUGGACCACGUUGCGACACCUGCGCUGAGAACUUUUAUGGGAAUCCUGAAAUACCUGGUGGAGAGUGUAAGACAUGUGACUGUAGUGGGAAUACAGAUCUUAAUAGACCAGGAAACUGUGAUCCUCAUACAGGACGCUGUCUGCAGUGCCUACACAAUACGGAUGGACAGAAUUGUCAAGUCUGCAAACCUGGUUUCUAUGGGGACGCAUUGAGUCAAGAUUGUCAGGACUGUCGCUGUAAUGUCCUGGGUACAGACAGGAACGCUGGAUCCUGUCAUCAUCGAACUGGACAGUGUCCAUGUCUACCACGCGUGGUAGGACAACUUUGUGACGCUUGCGAGGAGAAUCACUGGCGAAUUGCUAGCGGUCAAGGCUGCGACGCCUGCGAAUGUGAUGUUGUAGGCAGUGUCACUGACAAGUGUAAUCCCUUCGACGGUACUUGCGAAUGCCGACCUGGCUUUGGUGGACGUCGCUGUAACGAGUGCCAGACCAAUUACUGGGGCAAUCCUAAUAUUGAGUGUCAUCCGUGUGACUGCGAUCGGGCAGGAUCCGCUAGUCAACAAUGUGACCGUGAGACGGGCAAGUGUAUUUGCAGAAAAGGUAUUGGUGGUGAAAAAUGCGACCAGUGUGAUCGCAGUUACGUUGGAUACGCACCUAGUUGCCAGCCCUGCGGCGAAUGUUUUGAUAACUGGGACAUCAUCUUGGACGGCCUGAGAAAUCAGACGACUUCCGUUAUCGGCGAGGCUUCGCGUAUUCAAAAAGUUGGUACCACGGGUGUGUACAGUGUAGAAUUUGAGAAUAUGGUGACCAAUCUGGAUCAGGUACGUGGGUUGAUAAGCAACACUUCCGUGAGAAGUCAGGAUUUGGAUAUUUUCAACGACCUAGCUGAGCAGCUUAGUAAAAACGUUACUGCCUCUGCUACUUUACUAGAAGAAGUAGAUAAUUUACAGGAAAAUAUAAGUCAGAGAGUAAAUCUAGAUGACGUUGCUUUGAAGAACAUGAAGAACAGAACGAACAAUCUUCACCAGGGAGCAAUUGAGCUUCGUACCAAUGCGACUAAACUUCAGGAAGCCAAUGUUCAGGGAGCAUUGACUGUAACUCAACAAAUGGCUGAAAAAUCUAGACUUUCUGAACGCAUGGCUAAUGCCACCACUAACAUUUUGAAAGAUGCUGAACGCUACAGAAAGAAUACCGAGAAUCUACUAGCAAGAAGCCGCUCAUUGGUGAAUGAGGCUCAAGAAAAGAACAAAGAAUCGCUGAUCGAAUUGAACGAGAAAUUAGACGAACUCACAAAUUCUGUACCAGAAUUAAACUUGAAAAUGUGCGGUGAGAAGGUGAAGGAAUGCAGUGUCGUAUGCGGUGGUGCCGGAUGUGGAUCUUGCGGCAGUCUGUCCUGCGACGCAGGUGCAGUACCAAAGGCUAAUCAGGCAUUGGACGUAGCUACCAAACAGGCGACUAAGAUAAAAGACCACAAAGAUGAGGCGGAGCAGCUUUUAAGAAACAUGAUUCAAGCAAAGCAAGACGCCAUCGCUGCAAGGUCAAAUGCUCAGGAUGCCUUCAACAUUGCCUGGGAUGUCAGAAACCGCUCUGAUAGCGUCACGAGAAACUUGAAUGACCUAAACGACAAGAUUUGGAGCACAUUGAACGAGGACCAGUCUACACCAACAAUGGUGCGCAAUCUGGCGGAUGAAGUUUUGAAUAAAGACAUAAAACUGCGUCCCGACGCCAUAAAGAAUUUAGCGGAUAAAAUUAAAAACAUCGUCGGCUCUCUUACCAACUCUGAGCUGAUCCUCUCCGAGACGGCAGAUGAGCUAAAGCUCGCUAAUGAUUUGAAGGACAAAGCAAACGAGGCAAAGGAAAUAGCAGCGCAGAAACAAACGCUAGCUAGUAACGUGGUACUUCUGCUUACUGACGCACAAACGGCCCAGGAUCAAGCCCAGGUUGCCAUUGACAAAGCCGAGCGUGAUAUUAAGUUAUCAGAACGCGACUUGACUGAUAUAAUUGAGGAGACCAAGGGAGCCCAAACGAAGGCAGACAACACUACAGAAGCUGUAGACGCCUUGGACGCUCGUUUAAACCUUCUCCAGACGCAAUCAUUAAAGAAUGACUUUGUCGUCAAUGAAAUUAAUGUGGAGGUUGGUAAGGUCGCCGAAGAGGCCCGAGCAGUCGAUGAAAAGACAAAGCGUCUCGGAGUCGAGUACAAAAUUGCUGGCGAUGCUCUAAAUCAUCGCGUGAACAAAAGCAAAAACGAAAUACAGAGAGCCAAACAAUUGUUACAAAGGGCUUCUGAACUCACAGCUGACACCAGCACUAAGUUUAAGGAUCUUGAUGGCAUGGAGGGCGUUUAUAAGGACAAUGAGCGUAUGCUGACUGACCUUAUGGAAGACGUGAACGCUUUGACUGUAAAAAUCGAAAGUCAUCUUCAAGAAAUUGAAAAUAAGGCACGGUUCUACAGACAGUGUUCCACUUAAGUACGAUAAUUUGCUGUAAAAAAAAAAUAAAUAAAAAGGAUUAAAUGUACUUCGGGAAGUUCCGGCUUCUACGAUCCUCUCAGGAUGUCGACCUCGCUGAUUUGGCAGCGUACCAAUCCACUUUUCUGGAAACAUGGCGACGUUGGCCAGUAUUCACUCUUCUUGCGCGAGAGAUUCAGGGCCGGCUAUACGUUAUCGUGAGACUGUGUAUCUGUAAAUACGAAAUAUUAUUACACGCUGCAUCUCACUUGUUUAUAAUGAUUGUCCGUUCCGUGCCAAAUACAUCUCUUUUUUUUUAAUUAUAUAUUACAUCACCGAGGUUAGCACUUCGAGAUGGAGGAUCUGGACCACGAACGUUCUGUCAAGAGGCUUACUAUUUCUUUUAUCUUCCUUUAUUAUCUGAAUUAUUUUCAAGCGCUUCUUUACUCUUCGUCAUUAAACGCAUUGUAAUCGGCUAGUAUCGUUCUUCCAUAAUGACGGACAUUUAAUGUGUAAGAAUGACAAUUUUUAAUGCUUUAACCAAAACCUUGUAAUCGUUAUAUUUAAUAUCUUGUUGCAAUUAUACAGCUAAGAAAUAUUCUAUAGAAAAUUUAAUGAAAGGACACGAGCAUCGAUAUUUUCUUUAUGUAAAAGAACACAUUAAAAUUUAGAUAACAAUAUCAGUAUAUAAUAGUCGUCCAAUCAACUGUGCCUAAUCGUUUCUAAAAAUUGUACUCGAAAUCCAUUUGGAUGAAAAAUAAUGGCGCAGUGGACUAAAAAGAAGAAUCAUUAAUUCCUCGUGAAAAUUUUGAUAAUUCCAAAUCGUCGUCAUUACUGCCGUUUCCUUUGUAUCACAAAAGAUUAUGGACCACCCAUUAAUAUUAUAAGAAAAACCUUUAUAAUUCUUUUUUUUACUUGUAUAAAAUAUAAGUCGCUUAUCAAACUCUUACAAAUACAUCGGAUAAGAAUAUUUUAUCUUUAUAUACUUAUUGAAUUUGGCUUAUUGUAUAAUUAUCCAGUAGAAAUGAUAUCAGAACA